CGGGCGUGGAGGGCGCGGCCGGGGCAGUGCUUGGAGCUGGGGCCGAGGAUGCGGCCGCUGACCUGGUCUGCCGGUCUUGGGUGUGGCUGAAGGAUGGCGGGCGUGCGGGUGGCCGUGAGGGUGCGGCCCCUCAGCAAGAGGGAGACCAAAGAAGGAGGAAAAAUUAUUGUGGAAAUUGAUGACAAAGUGGCAAAAAUUAGAAAUUUAAAGGUGGACAGUCGACCUGAUAGCUUUGGAGACUCCCGGGAGAAGGUUGUGGCGUUCAGCUUUGAUUACUGCUACUGGUCAGUUAACCCAGAAGACCCUCAGUAUGCAUCUCAAGAUGUGGUGUUCCAGGAUUUGGGGACUGAAGUAUUAUCCGGAGCUGCUGAGGGCUAUAAUAUCUGCCUUUUUGCCUAUGGACAGACAGGCUCUGGGAAGACAUAUACCAUGCUGGGGACCCCUGCCUCUGUUGGGCUGACACCACGGAUAUGUGAGGGUCUCUUCAUCAGAGAGGAAGAUUGUGCCUCUUUACUAUCCUCCUGUAGGAUAAAAGUGAGUUUUCUGGAAAUCUAUAAUGAACGGGUACGGGAUCUGUUGAAGCAGUCUGAUCAAAAAAAGUCCUAUACCCUGAGGGUCAGGGAACAUCCAGAGAUGGGGCCUUAUGUACAAGGUCUAUCUCAACAUGUAGUUACCAACUAUAAGCAAGUAAUCCAACUCUUGGAGGAGGGAAUAGCAAACAGCUCCCUACAUCCACACCAAGAGGCCCUUCUCAGAACAGUAAUAUCUGCAGGAAUCACAGCAGCCACCCAUGUUCAUGAAGCUAGCAGCAGAUCCCAUGCCAUCUUCACCAUUUACUACUCACAGGCGAUUGUGGAGAACAACCUUCCCUCCGAGAUUGCUAGCAAGAUCAAUCUUGUGGACCUAGCAGGCAGCGAAAGAGCAGACCCUAGUUACUGUAAGGACCGGAUUACUGAAGGAGCCAAUAUCAACAAGUCCCUUGUGACCCUGGGAAUUGUCAUCUCCACUUUAGCCCAGAACUCCCAGGCCUUCAGUAGUUGCCAGGGCCUCAGCAGCCCAGCCAGCAGCAGUUGUGGUGACAAUGAGACUCCUGGUGCUCCUGGGACCAGCAGUGGCAGAGGACCCUCCCGGAGGCAGGCUUACAUCCCAUACCGGGACUCUGUGCUGACCUGGCUGCUGAAGGACAGCCUUGGAGGCAACUCAAAGACCAUCAUGGUUGCCACUGUAUCUCCUGCACAUACCAGCUACAGUGAGACCAUGAGCACACUGAGAUACGCAUCCAAUGCCAAGAACAUCAUCAACAAGCCCCGGGUCAAUGAGGAUGCAAAUGUGAAGCUCAUCAGAGAACUCAGAGAAGAGAUCAGGAGGCUGAAAGCCAUGCUGCUGAGCUUCGAGCUGAAAAACUUUAAUUCCUUGAACGAUGAGGAUGAAAAUCUGAAGGAGCUUGUUCUCCAAGAUGAAUUGAAGAUGAACAAGCUGACCAAAGACUGGACCCAGAAGUGGCAUGACUGGCAGGCCCUCGUGGAACAUUACCGUGUGGAUAUCAGCAGGAGGAGGGCUGGGGUGGUCAUUGACUCCAGCCUGCCGCAUCUGAUGGCCUUGGAGGACGAUGUGCUCAGUACGGGUGUUGCGUUGUAUCACCUCAAGGAGGGGACAACAAAAAUAGGACGGAUUGACUCAGACCAGGAACAGGACAUUGUCCUUCAGGGCCAGUGGAUUGAGAGAGACCACUGCACAAUCACCAGUGCCUGUGGGGUAGUCAUUCUCCGGCCUGCGCAGGGGGCACGCUGCACAGUCAAUGGCCGCGAGGUCACUGCCUCUUGCCGUCUGACCCAAGGAGCUGUCAUAACUCUGGGGAAAGCUCAGAAGUUUCGAUUCAGCCACCCAGCAGAGGCUGCUGUCCUGCGGCGGCGAAGGCAGGUUGGAGAGGCCAUUGGCAGCAGUGGCUCUUUGGAAUGGUUGGACUUGGACGCAGAUGUCACUGCCUCCCGCUUGGGUCUCUGCCCUUUCCUUUGGAAGGAAAGGAGAGUGCUGGAAGAGCAGAGUGAGGAGGACCACCACCCACCAAGGAAUGGAGAGACAUCCCACAGAGCCCAAAUUCAGCAACAGCAGUGCUGUGUGGAGGAGUUGAGGCAGCAGAUCCAAGCAGAGCAGAUUAGCGCUAAGAAGGAGCUGGAAUUUGACCAGACUUGCACCCACCAGAAGAUUGGAGAUAACCAGCAGUGGCGGUUUAGAGAAGACACCUGGCUGGCCAAGUUACAGAAGCAGCAGCAGCAGCAGCAAGAAGACGACCUUGGAGCAGAGAAAGAAUCUGAGGUCUCAGUGGCACCUGAUGCUCGGCUUCAGACAUACUCUGAGGCUGUGCUGUGCCCACUGGUCCAAAACAAGAAGAAUAGGCUGGUGCAGCUGCAGCUCCCACAGAGACGUGCCCCUCAGGCAGGAGAGCACAACAUCCCAAGAAAAAAGGCCUCAUUGCAGGUAGACGGAUUCAUCAAGAAGCAAAGGCUGCUGGAGGCCCAGGAGAGUCUGGAGCAGCUCAGGGAAUUGUGCUGGCUUCAGGAUGACAGUACCCACCAGUCCCCAUGCUGGGUCCCUACCUCUGAUUCCACAGCCCCAGAGCCUCCACCUAGAAACAGACGUACAAGUUGCAGUUCUCUGAGCUACCAAAGGCUCUUGCCCCCGCUGCACAGUGCUUUUCUGAAUGGGGGUCACUCUACCAUGCUACCACCUAUGCCUGACCCUACUCACCAAGUGUCAGAGAAAAUCCCGCUGGCAGACCAUGUUUCCCCGGCAGCUGCUUGCCUUCCAAGGAUGGGGUGCCUCUAUAACAGUGAUCUCUGUCCCUCAGGCCAGCCGCAGCUCUGCAUGGCCAAGAAAGACACCUCAGCUCUAGGCACCUGUCUUACCCUGAGCCAUAAGUCUGUCAACAUCCAGGAAGUGGAGAGAAUGGGUAAGCAGCUCUCUCAGAUGGUGUCCCAGGGCUUGGCAUCUCUGUGUCAGUCACCUGACAAUCUAAAGUCAAGAGAUGGACCAAAGACCCUCACCUCUGGUACCCAGGCCAGAAGAGCUAAGAGACUAGCAGACUCUGGCAACACACAAGCUGUCUCACAAAAAGGAAGGAACCUUGGGGCUCACAAGGCUGCUAGGGGAGCCAGUUAUAGUUACUCUUAUCCUGGUGGACCUAAGCAGGCAGCUGAGCUUGGAAGAGUGGCCAACACUUUUCGGACAGAAUCCAAACUACCUUUUCCAGGCAGGGAAUCAAAAAGGCUUCAGAGGGUGCUGGCAGCGAAGGUCAGAGACAUUGCCAAAAAGUACUCUCCUUUACCUCAUGGCCGUCCUUUGAAGGGACUGCACAGUGCAGGAGACCCAAACACCACAGCUUCACACACAGACUCCAGCCCAGUGAUGGACUGUGCAAGAGGAGAAGAUGAUUUAUCUGACACAGAUAGCAGCUACUCAGUGGAUUCUCUCUCCUGUGUCUAUGCCAAAGCCUCACUGACAGAGCCACUGACACCAGAGGACCUUCCAGGCAAGUGGUAUCUCCCAGCGUCAGAGAACUCUGAAAGUCACAACAGCCAAAUAUCUGAGGAGUUACUUGUUGAAAAGGGAGACCAGAGCUCAAAAGAAAGACUAGGGGGCAGUCAUCCCCCCAACAAAUGUAGUCACCUGAAGACCAGAACUAAAACGUGUAUGAGGAACUUUCCCAGGCCUUUAGACAGUAGCCUGCUUGCUGAGAGCUUUUCCUUAGACAGCCUGAUCGAUGCUGAGGAAGAAUUGGAAGAAGAUCAGCAAGAGGAGCCUUGCCUUGGUUCAGCUGAUGAGAUGCCCACAGAGAUAUUUUGGCACCGGCAGAACUCCAUUCUGCCUGUAGUGGACCAGGAGGCAAUGUGCAGACCUGGGCCCAUCAGCCACAGAGCAGGGACAGGGCUGAGUGCCAUCCUGCCAGUGAGCAGUUCAUUCUACCUUAAUCCUCAGGUCCAGCCUGAUAAGGAGCAGUCUGAGUCAGAGAUGGAGGCCAGCUACCCAGAACGAGCCAGCUCUUUCCAAGGCAUACAGCUUUCGAGAGAGAGCUCUCUGGUGUCCAUGGAUUCCUGGUUCUCCUGUGACUCUAAGAUCAAUCCUAGCAGCCCCGGAGGAGUACAGGAUUCUUUACUUCUAAGUCCUGAUGUCCAAGAAGUCCAGCCCUAUGAUGAAGAGAAACCUGGGUGCUUGCGGAGUAUUAAAGAACUAAAGCCACCAGCUGCAGAAGCAGUUCUGCCAGAUAGCUUGAAACUGCCCCAAGGCAAUACUGAGUUAGCCUGCACCGCAAGAGAUGUGCACACAACCUCUGCUUCUGAUAUUUCCAAGUUGUCACUUCGGGGAACUCAAAGGCUUCUUCAGCCGGGAGCUGAUGACCUCUUUCAAGGGAGAGCCUCUGAUACAACCCAACAGGGAAACUCUGAAGUUUCUAAUUCUAGUGUAUCGAGUGGGCCUGCUGCCUCUGCCACCUCAUUCACUUAUGUGGGCAGCACCCAUGAAGAGGACUGGGCCACCCUUCAGCAAAAAUUCAUUCUUGAACUCUCUCACCCUGUUUCGGAGGCUAUCAGAGAGCCCAGGCCACCCUUCCUCUACCUUGAGGAAGACUCUAGUUCUCUGGCUGAAAAUUCUAGCAAAGGAGGAGAUACUCAACAGCAGGUUGGUUCUGGAAUCUCUAGCAGUCUGAAUUUUAAUGACUUUCCAGUCCAUCUCUCCAAAACCAGCCAUUUGAGAGCAGAGAAAGAGCAGGACAGUUUGAGUGCCACGUUGGAAAGUGCUUCAGAUUUCUUAAGUACUAGUGAGAAAGAGGUAGGUUGUAAUGGAGCGUAUUCAGCUGACUUGGAAUCACUGGCUUCUGGAUUUACAAAUAUACAGGUUUGUGUCGCAGAGAACAAGAUAACAUAUUCCUUAAAAGAAGCCUGUGAAGUCAGACAGAAGAGCUUGGAAGGGUGCUAUCAGGAUAGCAGAAAAACCGCAGUGAUAACUUCCUCUGAUACGUAUGUAUUCCAGAAGAAUGCUUGUUGCAGAAAUGUUUUGCAGGCCACCAAUGCAGACCAUUGGCCCCAAGGCCAGUCUCCUCUCAGGAAAAAUAGUUCAGUUCAGCGAGGACAAUUAAGUCACAACAACCACCACUUCCAACAGAAAAAGAAGGCAGAUUACCAGGAGAGCUCUGAGGAAGUAGUUGGAAGACACACAGAUGUUUCUUUUGCCAGUCUAUCAGAUCCAGAGCCACACGUCCGCUGUGCUCCCUGGAAUCCUUUUUCAUCCUCCCCACAGCCACCUAUCUUGGAAACAUUCUAUGUGACCAAAAGCAGGGAUGCCCUGACAGAAACUGCCUUAGAGAUUCCAGCUCGCAGAGAAGUAUGGGUGCCUUCCCCACCUCCCCGGGAGGCCUGGGGCUUUAGUCAUGACCACCAAGUCCUACAGAAAACUUACCUGAACAGUUUGCCAGUGCUGUUACAAAACCGGAAUUCCAAGGUUGCCUUUUCUCAACAGGUCACUGCAGAGAGGCCAGUUGAUCUGAACACCAAAGAAGUUACUGGCAAGUUAGGGGAGUGUGCUGAAAAUACUAAAGAGGGAAGCCAUAAUUCAGUUCAUUUUCUUGUUGCUCAGAACAGACAUAUUUUCUCUUUUACUGGCACAGAAGUACCUGAGCAUGAAAAUGAAUUUGGAAUUUUAAAUAAAAAGCACAGUCUUCCCGUACUUAAUGAAAAAGAAAAGGCUCCUACACAGCCCUGUUGGGAUGUUUUUUCAGACAGUUCUGGAUCUGGGAAGCCUUUCCUUUUCAUUUGUGAACCUGAGGCAGGUAGGAAAGAAGAGCAGGCUCAGAUUCAGGCCCAUGAUAUGAGCAGACAGAUUCCUUUUGGACCUAGAUCUGAUUUCAUCUGUAAAACUACUGAUUUAGGCCUUGAGAAGGACAUGCCAGGGGAAACAGCUGUUUUUAUGAAGUCCGGAUCAGUAUGUCAUGGAGUAAGCAGCCCCAUGAUUAUAGCCCAGGAUGAGAGUCCAACCCAUAAGUGGGGAGAGAAGAGUGAAACCGGGCUCCUUGGAGGAACUGUCCAUCCCACAGACAGCCCAGCAGAGCCUGAACUUUCAGAGAUAGGGUCUACCUGUGAAAGUGCCCCGUCUGUUACAUGCUAUCAGGAAAGCUGCCCCAUUAAAUGUCAGGGCCCCAGAGGAUCACAAGAAAUGUUAAACUCCAAAGACGAAUUUUUGGGAAAGAAACAGUAUAAAGGAGUUAGUAAUGCUGAUGAAAUGGCUAGGCUAAUUAGGAGUGUCAUGCAAUUGGAAAAUGGCAUCUUAGAAAUUGGAUCCAAGCAGAAUAAGCAGCUUCAUGCUUCCCACACAUCAGGAGUUAGUGAGGAGGUUGUGUCCCAGGACCAGAAGGACCAAGAGAGCUCCGACCAUGUCCUGAGGCCAGGAAGCUCUGGAAACCAUUUAUCCUAUAAGGAUCAAUCAUCUUUUCCAAGACAAGCAGGUGAUGUUGUCUUUGGGGAUAGUGAAGCUGGGGAAAUGGAGGCUAACAGAACCACUGGGAAUGAGAACCAGGUCCAAAAAAUCCCUCCAGGCCCCUCCAGGUCAAGGGAAUGUGUACAACAGUGUCAGAGGGUGGUAGCGCAUACCCGCCCAGCUGGAGCAGAUAGCGCCUCCAGGGACACGUGUGAUCUAGGGAAAGGCGCAGCUUGCAAAGAGCCCACCGACACUGCUCUUCACCAGAGGAGAAUGAAAGCAUUGUCUAGAGCUCCAUCCUUGCAUCCCUGGCCUGAGAGUUCAGGGAAGGAAGUCAGGUUGGUACAAGCAUCAGCGAGCUUCGAAGAGCAGCCUUGGGGCUUGGGAAAUCUUGAGGACCUGGAGACCAUGGAAGUUUUUCAGGACAGCCAAGUUGCGGAGUGCAUAAGUGAUUCCAAGCCAGACGGGCUAAGAGCUCAAAGUGAAGUUGAAGAAAUGGCCUUGCAUUUGGGCAGGGGCCCAAAGGACAAAAGUAACAUGGUCUCAUUGACUCAGGAACAUCCUGGCCCAAACCAGCAUUGUACGUGCACGUGUUUCAGCCAGGAGACUGUCUCAUUACCAAGCCACACAGACUUCUCCACAGCCCCUUCUAAUCAAGACUGGAGCAAUACCUUGCCCUUGCCUUCACCAAGGCUACCAGGAAGCUGUUUUCAUGGCCCUGAUAUUAUAGGCAUUUCUUCAGUUGACCACGUGCUAGAUCCUACAAUAUUGAAAAUUCCUGACAGUCCCCUAGAACAUGGAGUAGGAUGUGACAGCCAGAGUAGAGAGAACAGAAGCCCCCAUCUGCAGGGAGACAUUAGAAGGGGCUCCUCCAUGGCAUACACAGCCUGGUGUGGGGAUGUGAGGCCCAUGGCCUUGGGAUUGCAUGGUCAGUCUGAUGCAGCAGAGAAUGUUCCCCUGGGGACAGAGGAGCAGAUAACAGCAAGCACCAGCCAAGACCGAGGAGACCUCGAAAUCACUUCCUUGGGUUUGACUGCUCAGGAAAGUUUUGGCAAUGAAACUGAGGCAGCUGGACAAAAAGAAAUACAAGCCACUUCCUCGAACAUGACUUCUAGGGAACUUGAAAAGCAGGUCAGCCUCUCCUUAGAGGAGGGUAAUGACCAAGGCAGAGGAGCAAAGUGCAAGACACAGGAGGAGGCCAAGGACCAGGGCCCUGUCAGCAGAACUUGCUCAGGAUCUGUUUCCAUGCCUAAGGUACCUGAUCCAGAGCCCAUACUGUUGGAGACAUCUGUCCAUGCAUCCAUUUGCCUGGCUAUCUUGGAGGAGAUCAGACAGGCAAACAUCUGGAGAAAGUGGCCUAAUGACUUUGGGACUGGGGGUACAGUCCUUACUGACUAUGAACCUUCAGUAGAACCCGAACGUUCUUCAGGGGCUGCUGGCAGGACUCAGUGUGAGCAAAUGGACCAGUUAAUGCCAGGAAGGACCAGGAGUGAGGGUGAAGCCCCAGAAUGCCAUGUGGCGUCUGUCUUUGCUACACCGGGACAUCUGUUGGCUGAUGAGAGGAAAGCCCAAGCCAUGCCUGUCUGUAUAGAUGGCUCUGGACCGCUGCCCAGCCCUGAAAUGAACAGAGGGCUCCAGCUUCCUCCACAGUCUUCCUCUCAUGCUGCACCUGCUCCAGGGAAAAGAUGCUACCCUAGAGAUCUGAGGCUUUUCCAGGAAGCAAAGGAAGGUUUUUCAGAUCACUCUGGUUCUCCUGGAAUCAUAGCGAAGAAGAAGCAAGCAUCCAGAACAUUUUCCUCUGCUGGUCCUUUGAUGUUAGACAGGCUUCUUCCUUCAGGAGCUGUGGAGGCCGACAGGAUAGUGGGAUCAGAGAAAGCAGUGUCUGCCUUAUCUUCUUAUGAUGAUCCUGGCCCCGUCCUUUGUGGGCAGAAUCAGUUAGCCACACGGGACACUGUAGAGGGCAUGUCUCCUGGCAGUCGCACUGGCAGCCCAGAGCACCGGGAGCCUGAGGCUGUAGAUACCACAUAUGGAGCAGUCUCAGGUAACUUUUCAGUUACUGCACAGGGAGGAAAAACUGCUCACUUUGAAAGUCAGUCUGUGAGCUGUAGUGUUGGGAAUUCUUCAAGCUCUUCAGCGACUAAGCAAGAUCAAGUCCAAUGCCAUAAGGCUUCUACUGGCUUAGAAGAAGUGAGGGCCAGUCCAAAACAACAGGCUGCUCUGCCUGGAGCCCCGAGAAAUGCUGAAGUGGAAGCGGGCGCACAGCAAGGGGUGAGGUGGGAGGAGAACGUUUGGGUUAGGCCAGCAGAAGCCUGCAGGACUGAGAACAAAAAUCUGAGCCCAACUCCAUCCCCAGACCCUAGGGGAGAUGAGGCUCCAUGUGGAGGUCUGGGGGAAACCGAAGAUUGCAUUGUGUUCUCUGGGAGCACAGAAGGCAGCAGUGCUCGCAGCACAGUGAGGGAGGCAAAAGAGAGCGGAACCAUUCCUUGCCAACAAUCGUGCUACCAUCAGACCACCGCUACUCGCACCUGUCAAAGAGACGGUGACUGGCAGACAAAUUCCCAGGCUGCCCCGUAUCCUGUCUACCCACCUUUCAUUGCACCUUCCAGGGCCCAUGAAAUGAGUGAGAUAGGAAAGACCUCCUUCAAGGAAGCUGACAUACUCUUGGCACAUAGCUGUGGGACUCUUGGGCCAGCAGACGGCAGCAUGGUUGAACCCCUGACUGCAGCUGCUAUCCGAUCACCCACUCAAGGGUGUAACUCCCUCGGCACUUCCUAUGUGAGGACACAUUCCCUGUCUGAGUCAGCUACUGACAGAAGCCUAAGGACUGUAGGGGGUCCUGAGGAAGAGGUUGCUAAGAAGAAAGCCAGCACGGAACUUGAGGCUGCCCCUUGCCCUGCAGGCACAUGCUCUGAGCCGCUGAGGAACCUCAGGGAUCAUUCUGUAGGUGGACACAGUGCACAGGUGUCUCAGACCAAGCCAGAGCCACCUACAGAAACUCAGGGACCGCACACCCUGAGGCUAAGUGAAGGGUCUCUUGAGAGUGAACAUGGGUGCUUAGAAAAUACCAAACGCCUUUCAGAAAAGCCAAACCCUUCCACUGAGUGCAGGGAUCCUCUAGCCAAGUGUGUAGCAAAACACAUCUGUAGUCCUCAGGGUGAUAGUCCUUGGGAAGACCAAGAACAGCAGAGAGACUCUGCUUCGGUAGGUGGUGAGGCCCUUCCCCAGGGCAGGAAUCCUCCACUCGAUGAUCAGGGUGGCUUGAAUGGCUAUCACAUCAGAGGUGCUGCAAGAGAAGAGGUGGCUGUGACCACGUUUCCUGUGUCCCAGUCUUUCUUACCAGGCUUUGGAGACCCGGCUUCUGUGCUGUUGGGGCACAGUGAAGUACCACAGCCUGUUGGCUGGAGGCCUGGCCGGCUUUACCCCAGUGAAGAGCAGCCGACUCCCCAUCAUGGGCCCUCGCUUCCCGUGAUUACAGUCUUCUCUGGCUCUAAACACUGCAUGCCCCAUCCCAGACCUCAGUUCUCGGUGGUGAACUCUCAAUCUCUUCAGGAGCUACACAUGAGGGUGGAGCCUCCUCCCCCUCCAGAUGAGGAUGCACAGGGGCUUCACCGAUUGUGGCACCCACACAUCCGGGACUGUUCCUCAGGAAAGAUGGUGACGGAAACACCUUUGAAGACUGAGGAUUCCAAUCCAUCGGCCCCAUCUAACUUGAGUGAUGGCCCUGCUGAGCACAUGCCACUGAAACAUGCCACUCCUCCUUACCCAGUGUCUUCCACGGUGUCCUCCAUGCCAACCUCUGAUUUCAUGAACAGUUGGGUGUCUAGUACUUUGGCUCUACAGAGAAAGCCAGAGAAACUAGGUGUCCAGGUUAGGUCAGAGGAUGGACAGGUAGAGAAAGGAAUGUUGUACUUGGGCUCCAAGGAUAUUAAUCGGUACAUCUCGCCAUGGUGCCCUGAGGGGCCUGUGCACAUUGGCUGGAAGCAAUGUGUAUUUGAUAGGGCAGCUGAUGUCUCCUGUAGCCUGAAAGCCCAUGGUCCAAGGCCAUCAAAUGUAGCCCAGUGCUCCAGCAUGGACAACGUCUUAGGAGACCAGAACCCCCCAUUCUACUCCCACCUCAGCACUUAUAGCCAAACUCAGGACCUGUCAAGCACACACAGCAGCACUGAGAAUGUACAGGAUUCCAACGAGGCCUGGAACAUAAGGGAUGCCUCAUUUGCCUUGGGAGACAUUCUGAGUGGUCCGGACAAGAUAACCCAGUUAAAGGGUGCAACUAAUGAAACAGGCUGUCUAAAGAGUGGGCUCCCUUUGGCUGAAGGAAGUUCUGUAGGUGCAGUGGAUGAGGUGGUGCUGCUGUACCCGUCUGAGACUGGCAGCCCUGUGGCACAGGCCAAGGUGAACACCUACGAGCAGGGCACACAGACCCUGGGCUGCCAGCUGCCCCAGAGCUGUGUUGAUGUCUUACCUGCUCAGCCUGACACCAGUGAGGUAUCACCCUGUGACCUGGCCUCCUGGGCCAGCAUGCACAACCUGUCUCUCCACCUUUCACAGCUCCUGCAGAGCACCUCAGAGCUGCUUGGAAGUCUCUCCCAGCCAAGUGUGGCCAAGGAGCACAACACCAAGAGGGACCCCAUAGCUGAGGCCCUGCAGGCCCUCAGGACUGACCGUGCGACUCAGACCAGUGUGGAGAAGGACAGCCAGGCUGAGCUGGCCUCACCCUCUUUGCACCCCCAGGCCCCAGAGGCCAAAACUCAGGAAGUCAGUGUAAUCGUUGAAGUGCUGAGCUCAGAUACCGCAUCUGUGUCACAAGAAAAGGGAGAUGUCACAGGAGCCCUUGAGAGUGACACGGAGGAGAUGGCACGGAAAGCCACUGUGCCUUCAGAUCUUCUUGAAGAAAGUACCCCCUGUGCACUGGGAAGCCCUCCAGUGCCUUCACCCCACCUGAGGUUUCAGAGAGCCCCUCAGGAGCAGAAGCCUUCUCUGAGCCCCCCAGCUUCUCUUGAUGCCUCCCAGCCCGGGGACUCCUGUUGUGUGGUUGUCCACAGCCCCGGCCUCAGCACCUCUCGUACCCCAGGGCCCUCCCCCAGUGCCUCAGAGCCCACCCGAGAGCCUCAGGUCCAGAGGAAGCCAGGCCCCAUGAGUGCCUGUUUGGUGGACAGAGCUUCCUCCCCAAUCCUCACACUUAGUGCCAGCACCCAAGAGCCGGGUCCUACCCCAGGCAUUUUGACUCUCUCAGCUCCCUCAGCCUGCCCUCCAGAGGGUCACCAGAAGCUUGACUUCAGCCUAAGACCUCCAGCGGACAGUUGUUCUCAAAUCACUCAUGAGCCGGGCGGCUCCCAGACCUUGAAGGCUCUGGAUGGAAAAGGCAGUAGUGGGAAGUCAGUCCUGGAGUUAAGUUGCCCGUGUAGCCCACCACAGAGCCUGAGUGUCCAGGUUAGCUUCUUGGGGCAACCUGUUCAGCAGCCUGAGCCCAGGACCAUCACUGGAGGCCAAAGCAGCCCACCAGUUCCACCCUCAAGGUACUGGAGCCAGAGGCUGACUGACAGCUUUCUGUCUGAAGAGGCGGCUUCCCCAGAGCAGGGCCCACUGAGCAGUCAGUGGCAGAGCAGGCCUGAAAAUUGGGGUGAGUGUUCAGCACCUCCGGUGGAGCCGCAACUCGCUGCGAAUCCCUCCUCAUGGAAGGGCUCCCAGCACCUUGGCCCCAGCCCUGGUGCUGAGCUGACUGACCCUGCAGGGAUGCGAGGUUGCACUGCUGGAUUACCUCAGGUCUGCCAACUUGAGGAAAUGUGUCCCAGUUCCCAGAUUUGUGUGGCCCCCGAACCCCAGCAUUGCAGCCUAAGGGAGCUCCCGGUGCAUAACAAAUUUAGUAACUGGUAUAGGGUUCAGCAUGGCUCUUCUAGGGGGCUGGGUGUGAGUAAGGAGCUGGAGGUCAGCUCUGAUCUCUGCUCUGGCGAGCAGAAGCAGAUGCUCCCACAACCUGGUGACCGGAGCGUGCAUCCUGAGUGGUCCCCAAGGGAGCAGGUCUCCCUGCAGGUUGGGGCCCAGAGUACCCCACUCAGUAUAGAACUCACAGAAGCAAAACUGCACCGUGGCUUCGGGGAGGCAGAUGCGCUGCUGCAGGUGCUGCAGCGAGGGACAGGGGCGGCACUUGCUCCAGAUGAGGCUGUGGUGUCCACCUGGGAGGAGCACCAUGCACGACAAAAACAAGUCAUUGAGACUCUCAAGAGAGAGCAGGCUGAGCGACUUCACACCUUCCGCCGGACACGAAGCCUGAGUCCCCAGAAACAACUGAGCCUCCUGCCUAACAGGGCUUUCCCCUCCUGGGACCUGGACUUGCCCAGCAAGCGCCGAGAAUACUUGCAGCAACUGAGGAAGGAUGUUGUAGAGACCACCAGAAGCCCAGAGUCAGCACUGAGUUCCGCCCACCCACCCACUGACAUGGAGCAGAUGCUGCGUAACUAUCAGCAAGCCCGUGAGGAGGCCAAGGUAGAGAUUGCCCGGGCACGGAAGCGGCUGCGGGAGCGGACUACACAGGAGAAGCUUCGAAUCCGCCAGCAGAUCAUCUCCCAGCUGCUGAGGGAAGAGGAAAAACUACACGCCCUGGCCAGCUCCAGCUCCCUGUGCACCAGCUCCAAUGGCAGCCUCUCCUCUGGCGUCACCUCUGGUUACAAUAGCAGCCCGGCCUUGGCAGGCCAGCUCCCAUCCCCAGAGAGUGUGAGGAACUUGAACUUGGGUGAUUCUGGAGACACCUGGAUGGGGGAUGGGCGGAGCUGGACUUCAACGAGGAACAGUAACCUGUAUCUGGCUGGAUCUGCCCCGAAGAGCACAGACUGCAGCCACAGAGGCUUCCUGGGCAGUUGCUGCUGCGCCCCAUCCAGCCUGUCUAGCUUGGGGACCUGCUUCUCCUCCUCCUACCAGGAUUUGGCCCAGCACAUCGUGGACACUUCCAUGGCUGAUGUAAUGGCUGCAUGUUCAGAUAAUCUGCACAACCUCUUCAGCCGCCAGGCAACAGCUGGCUGGAACUAUCAAGGUGAGGAGCAGGAGGUACAGCUUUACUACAAGGAAUUUUCUUCUACUCGGCACGGCUUCUUGGGGGCAGGUGUGGUGGCCCAGCCACUGUCUCAUGUGUGGGCAGCUGUGAGUGACCCAACCCUGUGGCCCCUGUAUCACAAGCCCAUCCAGACAGCAAGGCUGCACCAGCGGGUGACCAACAGCAUCAGCCUGGUGUACCUGGUGUGCAGUGCCUCCCUGUGUGCGCUGAAGCAGCCACGGGAUUUCUGUUGUGUCUGCGUAGAAGCCAAAGAGGUGCCUCCCUCGCUGGUGGGGCACCUGUGUGUCCUGGCAGCUCAGUCUGUAUAUGACACAUCCAUGCCAAGACCCAGGAGAGAAAUGGUCCGAGGGGAGAUUCUGCCUAGUGCCUGGAUCCUGCAGCCUGUCACCGUGGAAGGGAAGGAAAUUACCAGAGUCAUCUACUUGGCCCAGGUAGAACUGGGUGCUCCAGGCUUCCCUCCUCAUGUCCUGAGUUCCUUUAUCAAACAGCAGCCCCUGAUCGUGGCCAGACUGGCUUCCUUCCUUGGUAGCUAACAUUGCCUUGGCAAGAUGAUGGUGCUGCUAAGCUGAUGCCAUGGCCCUGAGGUGAGAAGAGCCGAGGCUACCUCUGGUGGCCAGCUUCGCAGAUGGCGCUAGCCCAGGGUUGCCAGCAAAGCCAGUAGUCCUUGGUAACCUCUGGCAGCUCUGCACUGAGCAAUUUGGGGUCCUGGCCCUAGCUGUCCAGAGAAUGAAACUCAACUCACCUUUUGGAUUUCUCACCUUCAUUUUGCAUUUCUGGGACUCGGCUAUCAGAGUUGGGGAACUCUGGUGAGGCGCCUCCUUAAUCCUGCCCCGGCCUCUGGGAGAGCUGGCAGGAAGCAAGCGGCCACCGACCGGGACUCCACUCUCCUGCCUUCUGGCAGGCACCUUGCCCCUGUGGUGCUUAGGACCAAAGCAGAAAGUUUUUUUAAAAACAUCUGCCCAAACCAGA